AAUCAUUGAUGUUCAACUCGUCUAAUGGCAUCAAAGCAUUGCCUUUUGCCCUUUGUCGACUAUCUUGUACCAUAUUCCCUCCCCUUCCCCCCAUUGACUCACUGCUAUCUCUCUUUCCCUCUCUCUAAUGACGCUUAGCUCAGAUGGAUCGAGUGUCGUGGUGCCUCGGAACUUCCAAUUGCUGGAGGAGCUUGAGCGUGGAGAAAAAGGUAUCGGAGAUGGUACUGUCAGCUAUGGAAUGGAUGAUGGAGAUGAUAUUUACAUGCGCUCUUGGACCGGCACCAUUAUCGGUCCUCUCAAUACCGUACAUGAAGGUCGAAUCUAUCAGCUGAAGCUGUUCUGCGAUAAAGAUUAUCCAGAGAAGCCUCCAAGCGUCCGUUUUCAUUCAAGUAUCAACAUGACUUGCGUUAACCAUGAAACGGGGCUGGUCGAAUCAAAGAAGUUUGGACUUCUCGCAAAUUGGCGAAGGGAAUAUACUAUGGAGGAUAUAUUGACACAGCUGAAAAAGGAGAUGGCAGCCUCACAUAAUCGAAAGCUGGUCCAACCUCCCGAGGGUACCUACUUCUAGCUCUCAAAUUUGUAUAUCGAUAUUCUGGAUCUAAUUUUAUUUGUGGUUAUGCAAUAUAUAGUUUGUAAUGCUUGUUGAUCCUUUAUAAGAACAAAUCGUGGAAUUGGUCAAAACGCUUAUCGAUUACUUCUCGGCUUCAUGUUCUUGAAUGGAAGCUGUUUCUCUAAUGCAAUUUUAUUCAUGUUCCAAAGCA